AUGGAAACGGUUGUUGAGCUUUCACCUACUACACGUACGAGGUUGAUACCCAUCUAUGAGUAUCCUGAUCUGACUCAUCUGUAUAUCACGUUGUUUCUUACGGUAAUUAGCUGUGUAAUAACAUUAUUGUGUUUAAACGAAUAUGGCUUGGAGCCAACAACAACUACAGUUGCAGCUGUUUGUUCAUCGUUUUUGCUUCUAUCAUUGAAUGCCUUUUAUGGAUUGAAAGCUUAUAAGCAACUCAAAUAUUUCCGUGAUAUACAAUAUACAGAAUAUGUGAAUCGUCUGAAUGACGUACGAGCACAUGAUCAUGCAGCUACAAACAACAUGAGCAGCAUGGAUUCCAAUGAUAUUUGGAGAGAAAACGUUAAAUCGAAAAAUAAUUUUGUUUUAUCAUAA